UUUGGAUUUAAAAAAGUAAGAAUUGUACAUGAAAAAAAGAAGCUGCAGUGGACAUAACAGCAAAAAGUUUAGGAAACACAGUGUGCAGAGCGACUAUAAGGUUCUACAAAACCAGUAACAUUCUCGAAGACCAAGACCAAAGAAUAAUGAUGAAUUUUACAGUUUUUAUUCAUGAAACACAGUAUUGUUUUGAUAAUUUGAAUGGGUCCUGUCCCAAAACACUUAGACCUACUGUUAUUCAUGUUGCUAUGUACAUAUUUAUGGCUGGUACAAUAUUGAUUACAAUAAGUGGAAAUUUGGUAGUCAUAAUUUCCAUCUCACACUUCAGACAGCUUCACUCUCCAACCAAUCUCCUUAUCCUUUCCUUAGGGUUUGCUGACUUACUUUUGGGUACAAUUGUUAUGCCCUUCAGCAUGAUACGUUCUGUUGAAACCUGUUGGUACUUUGGAGAUCUGUUUUGCAAAAUCCAUUCCAGCUUUGACAUGAUGAUGUCAACAGCAUCUAUUUUUCAUCUUUGUUUUAUUGCCAUUGACCGUUAUUAUGCUAUAUGUAAUCCUUUGCGAUACAGAACAGAAAUAACCACAUCGGUAGCUGCUAUUUUUAUUGCAAUCAGUUGGGUUUAUUCUAUUAUGUUUGCUUUUGGGGUGGUGUUUUCAAAUAUAAAUUUAGUUGGCAUUGAGGAAUUUGUCAUUUCAAAUUCCUGUGUGGGCACAUGUGUACUGGUUUUUAACAGAUUGUGGGGAGUACUUGUAACCAUGUUAGCAAUUAUUAUUCCAGGAACAAUUAUGAUAUCGCUUUAUAUAAAGAUUUUAUAUGUGGCCAGAAGACACGCCAGAGUGAUAAACAAAAUGCAGAGCACAAAAUUGUCUCUGGAUGAGAAUAGAAAAGAAAUCUCUCAAAAAAAGGAGAAGAAAGCUGCUAAGACUUUAGGAAUUGUCAUGGGAGUAUUUCUUCUUUGUUGGCUACCAUUCUUUAUUGCCACUGUUAUUGAUCCUUUCGUUGAUUUCUCCACACCUGUCAUUUUAUUUGAUGCCCUAGUGUGGCUAGGUUAUUUUAAUUCUACUUUCAAUCCCAUCAUCUAUGGAUUCUUUUAUCCUUGGUUUCAGAAAGCAUUCAAAAUAAUUGUAACUGGCAAGAUCUUCAAAAGUGGCUCUUCAUCUACCAACCUCUUUACAGAAAACCUGUAAAACAUGAUUUAAGUAGUAAGUGCAUAGUGAUUUGCUAUAAAAUCCAAUGGCUUUAUUGAAAUUAUGUUAUUUACUCACUGUUUGUGUAUAUUUAAACUGUACAAUAUUUGUCAUAGAAUUCAGAACCUCAGAUUGGCUAGUCUAAAUGGGUCAAUUGAACAAAAAGUAUAAAAAAAACCUGCCUUUUCCUUCCUUUGCAAUCUACACAUUAUUGAGUACCAAUCAAAGAUAAUGAGUCUUUUUGAAAGCGUAAUUUUAUAUAAAAUGAUCUGAUACCCUGCCAAAUAAAUGUCCUAAUAUUUCAAAUGUACACUGAUACUGUGUUCAAUAAUUCUUCAACUUUAGUGUACUGCAGUCAAAGAGGAUGUUUUAGGCCUGUACCCAUAACAG